AUGGUAUCCGAGAAUUUCUCCAACAAUCUAAUAACAGAAGAAGAAGCUGAAUUGUAUGACAGACAAAUAAGACUAUGGGGCAUAGAAUCACAAAAUCGACUAAAACAGUCUAAAGUUUUAUUACUUGGUAUGAAUGCAUUGGCUGCAGAAAUAGCUAAAAAUAUUGUUUUGGCGGGUAUCUCCAGCCUCACAGUUAUAGAUGGUCAGCAAGUCACUAAUGACGAUUUGGAAAACAACUUCCUUAUACCACGUGAUUCUGUUGGACUAAGCCGUGCCGACGCGGUUAUUGGUCGUACUCAAAGCUUGAAUCCAAUGGUUAAAGUACAGUCUUCUGAGCUGGGAGAUGAUCUAAAAGAUAAAUUUCAAGAAUAUAAUUUGAUCAUCCUUAUAACCGAAUGUUCAAGCGUUCAUUUUAAACAGUGGUCAACUAUAUGUGGCAUUGUGAGUGGUAUGGACAUAGAUACAAGACCAUAUAUAAUAUGUGCAUCAGUAACUGGAUUAUUUGGACUCGCGUUCAUAGAUCUCGGCGCACAUGAAUGUUUGUCUGAAGAUGUGGUAGUAAAGAAAAAAUCAGUGGCAGAAUUAUCAUCUGGUUCAAUUCAAAAGAUAAAUAAAACUAGUGAACCAUCAAAUACAGAGACGCUACUUGUAAAAAAGACAUUCAACUAUUGUCACCUGUUAGACAGUCUAUGUCUUAUUUCUAACAUGUUAAAAAAUAGAUCACAUGCUAAAUAUAUUUCCAAAGGAUAUUUCCUUAUGCAAGUUUUAAGCCAAUGCUCUAUCGACGAAGCACCAUUUACAUUACCAUAUUUACAAUCCCAAUGGCAAAAGGUAUCAAAGAUUUUGGAUGUAGAUGAAACAAUUCUUUCCAUUGAAGAUUUAGAAUGUUGCUCUGGUCCUACAAUCCCGGCUGUUAAUCCAGUACUUGGUGGUGUUGUGUCGCAAGAAAUAAUCAGGGCCAUAACACGAAAAGGUGCACCGCAUGGAAACUGGUACUUUUUUAAUGGAUCACAGUGCUCAGUUACUGUCGAUUGGUUACCGCCAGAUGAAAAGUCAUAA